ACAGCAACUUGUGCCCUCAUGUGUCAAUCACUCACUUACUUCUUGUUUUCAUACUGCCAGUGAGUUGUCUUACAAAACCUCUCCACUUUGCUCUGGUGGGUGAUGCAACAAUGGCAUUGAGAAAACCAGGAAGUGUGUUUGUGGUCUUUCUCUUGUCAAUGGCAGCAAAUACAGCAACAAGGUGUGGACAACAAAGCCAGGUGAUGGUGCCUCCCACCAAAGGAAUGAAGGGACAGGAGGUGACACUGACCUGUAGCAACACCUGUACUCUGAGUGACAACCCCACCUACAUCUGGUACAAGAAUGGACAACGUCUAGAUGAGCCCACUUCCCAACAAUAUCCUAUCCACAUUUACUAUUCAGACAUUUACUCCUGUGCUGUAAAAGGCCAUGAGGAUCUCCUCUCUCCUGCAGUGUGUGUUCUGGGUCAGAACUGUUUCAACGUGACUUACAUCCAUCAGAGUAUCUGUGCCUUGAAGGAGUCAACAGUGGAACUGCCCUGCACAUAUCAACAUCCAAGUUAUCAUGUAGUCUCAGAACCAAACUGGUAUAUCCAAGAUAAAUAUAAUGAGACGCCUAAAAUCCUGAUCUCGGUGUCAGAGUAUGCAGGUCGUGCUGAGUACCUUGGAACUAAAGAGAAAGACUGCAACCUCAGAAUCACAUACCUGAGAGAGAGAGAUUCAGCUGAGUACAAGUUCAGAUUUAAAACACAGUAUGCAGAAUGGGGGUACAGCUUCUAUGGAACAACUCUGACUGUCACAGAGCUGCAGGUGAAGGUGUCUUCCUCCACAGAGGAAAAGAAGAGAACACUGACCUGUAGCACCACCUGUCUUCUGACUGACAACCCCACCUACAUCUGGUACAAGAACGGACAACAUCUCCAUGACCCUACUUCCCAACAAUACUCCUGUAAUACUCUAGUGGUCGGGUGUUACUCUGCAGACAGUUACUCCUGUGCUGUAAAAGACCAUGAGGAUUUUCUUGCUCCUACAGUGUGUGUUCAUGGUCAGAGCUGUUUGAAUGUGACUUACACCAAGAGGAGUAUCUGUGCCUUGAAGGGGUCAACAGUGGACAUUACCUGCACGUAUAGACAUCCCAGCUGGCAUAACGUCACAGAAGUAUCCUGGUUCAACAAAUGGGAGACUGGAGUUACUACAGAUCUAAUCCAGGACCCAGAGUAUGCAGGUCGUGUGAAGUACCAUCCAACUACAGACAAGGACUCCACCCUGAGAAUCACAGACCUGAGAGAGAGUGACUCUGCUGAAUAUAAGUUUAGAUUUACAACAACUGCAGUAAAAUGGGGAAACAGCUUCCUGGAACAACUCUGAUUGUCACAGACCUGCAGGUGAAGGAGACUCCUGGCACAGAGGAAGGGAAGGUGACACUGACCUGUAGCACCACCUGUACUCUAACUGACAAUCCCACCUACAUCUGGUACAAGAACGGACAACUUCUCACCAACCCAAACACCCAAGAUAACUACCUCUACUUAGACCAAAUCAGCAGUGGGGACGCAGGCAGCUACUCCUGUAGUGUUAAAGGCUACGAGAAUCUCCGUUCUCCUGUUACAUUCUUUGGGGAGCCAAAGUCUUUGAAGAAUGCAGUUGUAGGAAUCAUAGUGGUUAUUCUAAUUCUCAUACUCUGUCUCUUUGGGUUCAUGUGGUUCAGGAAGAAGGCCUCCAAAUCCACCUCUGACACAAGAGACAGAAGAGACACAGCAGAGAACGGACAGAGAGACUCUAAUCCAGUAUAUGACAACAUCUCAGGCAUGAACUUGUCCCCUAUUGCAGCACAGAGAGCGAUCACAGACGAGCAGGAUGAUAUUACCUACGCCAGCAUCCAACACAGAAACCAGGAAGUGCCUCUGGACUCCACCGUCCCACCGUCUCACCCCCAGAAACAGGACGAGGAUUUCCAGUAUGCUACUGUGAAAUUCAACAGCCCCAGUGCUGCUCAAUAGACAUUGGGAGGGAUUCAAUCCAAUCAUAGGUUAUAGACAUUGGGAGGGAUUCAAUCCAAUCAUAGGUUAUAGACAUUGGGAGGGAUUCAAUCCAAUCAUAGGUUAUAGACAUUGGGAGGGAUUCAAUCCAAUCAUAGGUUAUAGACAUUGUGGCUUUUAAUGUAAUUUUUUUUUUAUGCUUUUGGAAAUGCUAUAUAAUUCCUCAAUUAAAAUGUCUUUGAUUUCGGCUUGAACUAUCUAUUUAAAUUAAAGUACAGGCCAAACUGUUCAGUCCAUAUUCUACUGUUCUAUUAUGGUCAGAGGGGAUAAAAACUGUUCAUUUUUUACAGUAACUUUUUGUUGUCAUAUCUCAAACAGACAGUUUCAGCAUUAAAGAUUCCAGGUUUAAAUAACACAAUAUAA